AUGACUCGUAUGCUUUUGCUGAGCUGCUUGAUGUUUCUUUUGCCCAUAGAGCCCUGUAGGACAUUAUGCCAGGCUGCCAGCAAAAGCAAGCAGAAGGUGUCUGCCAAGCCACAUGGUAUAUGUGAUGGUGUCUGUAUGGACAAUUCCCAUUGCAGUCAACCUUGCCCUCCAGACACAGAGGGAACUAUGGGGUUUGCAUGCCGGAAAAAGAAAUGGCACAAGAUCACUGAUACCUGCCGAACUCUAAAUGCCUUCAACAUCUUUGAGGGGGAUUCAUAUUCAGUUCAACCAUUUGGAGAAAAUAUAAAAGUAAAUACAUAUGCUGGAAAGUCUGAGACCAUAGCAGACAUGUUGAUGCAAAGGUGUCCAGCAGAUUUGUCUUGUGUAAUUAGAAAUAUUCAGAAGUCUCCACGGUUACCAGGGAACAUCGCUUUCAUUGUGCAGCUCUUACACAACAUAUCAACAGUGUUGUCAACAGAUAUUGAUGAGGCAAAAAUGCAGAGUUACAGCACCAUGGCCAACCAUAUUCUCAAUAGCAAAAGCAUCUCAAACUGGACCUUCAUUCCUGAGAGGAACAGCAGCUGUGUCCUGCUCCAGUCAGUCAAUUCCUUUGCAAGAAAGCUGUUCAUAAAUAAAGAUGCCAUUGACAUAUCUGAUGUCUUCAUUCACACCAUGGGCACCAUCAUAUCUGGAAACAACACUGGGAAGAAUUUCACUUUUUCAAUGAGAGUUAAUGACACCAACAAUGAGAUCACUGGGAGGGUACUGAUCAGUAGAGAUGAACUUCGGAAGAUGCCUUUCCCUUCUCAGGUUGUCAGCAUUGCAUUUCCAACCCUUGGGGCCAUCUUGGAAGCCAGUCUAUUGGAAAAUGUUACUGUGAAUGGACUUGUUCUAUCUGUCAUUUUGCCCAAGGAACUUAAAAGAAUAUCACUGAUUUUUGAAAAGAUUAGCAAGUCAGAGGAAAAGAGGACACAAUGUGUUGGUUGGCACUCCCUGGAAAGCAGAUGGGACCAGCAGGCCUGUGAAAUAAUUCAAGAUAAUGCCCAUCAAGCUGUUUGCAGAUGUAGGCCAAGCAAGUUGUUUACCUCUUUCUCUAUUCUUAUGUCACCCCACAUCUUGGAGAACCCUAUCUUGACUUACAUCACAUAUAUAGGCCUGGGCAUUUCUAUUUGCAGCUUGAUUCUUUGCUUGUCCAUUGAAGCCUUGGUCUGGAGCCAAGUGACAAAGACAGAAAUCUCAUAUUUACGUCAUGUGUGCAUUGCCAACAUUGCAGCCACCUUGCUAAUGGCUGAUAUGUGGUUCAUCGUGGCUUCCUUUCUUAGUGGCCCACUGACACACCACAAUGGAUGUGUGGCAGCAACGUUUUUUGUUCAUUUCUUUUACCUUUCUGUGUUUUUCUGGAUGCUUGCUAAGGCCCUGCUUAUCCUCUAUGGGAUCCUAAUUGUUUUCCAUACCCUGUCCAAGUCAGCCCUGGUGGCAUCUCUCUUUUCAGUGGGCUAUGGGUGCCCCUUGCUCAUUGCUGUUAUCACGGUUGCAGUCACUGAGCCAAGCAAAGGCUACCUACGACCUGAUGCCUGUUGGCUCAACUGGGACAUGACCAAGGCCCUGCUGGCCUUUGUGGUUCCAGCUCUGGCCAUUGUGGUAGUAAAUCUGAUCACAGUCACUUUGGUAAUUGUCAAGACACAGCGAGCUGUCAUUGGAAGUUCCAUGUUCCAGGAAGUGAGGGCCAUUGUGAGAAUCAGUAAGAACAUUGCCAUCCUCACCCCACUUCUGGGACUGACCUGGGGAUUUGGAAUAGCCACCGUCAUCAAUGAUAGCUCCCUGGCCUUCCACAUUAUCUUCUCCUUGCUUAAUGCAUUCCAGGGCUUCUUCAUCCUGGUGUUUGGAACAAUCCUGGAUCCAAAGAUAAGAGAAGCCUUAAAGAGUCGAGUAACCUCUGCAAAGUGGAUCUCUAGAAUAUCAGAGAAUAUUUCUUCUGAAUUCUCUUGUCAUCCCACCAAAGGGCCAAGCUAACAAAUUAGGAUGCAUCCCUAACUUGGGAGGUUGUACAUUCCAGGAAUGGCAGAGUCCAAAGGAG